AUGAAUUAUUCCACCUACGAUUCAAUACCUCGACCAAUCAAUUCUGAAGAUUUGAAGAAACAUAUCCAAGAGCAGUUAACGUAUUGGGUUUGCAUUGCUACCCAGAAGCGACACUUAUUUUUGUGGAACCCAUCCAACAGGAAAUACAAGAGACUGCCUGAUUCUGGUCUUGAAUUCCGAUACACGGAUUCUACUGCCGUACAUAGCUGUCUUCUUACAUACGGGUUUGGGCAUGAUGAAUUGCACGAUGAUUACAAAGUUGUUGCUAACUUAGUUCUAUGCUUGGUUCUUGAUCCAGGUGAGCAAGUGGUUAAAGUUUUUACUCAAAGGACUAAUUCUUGGGAGAGGAAUCAGGGUGCCAAACAUAUUCUUGUUCUACAAGAUUGGCGUGUAACUACUAAAACUGGUGGUACAUUUUCAAAUGACAAGCUUCAUUGGACCCCGAAUUCAGGCAGUUAUUACCACCGUUGUGAAAAGGAAAUUGUUAGUUUGGAUUUGGCUAAUGAGAGCUCUGGGGAGGUUGAACUCACAGAUCAUAUGGGACAGCCGAAAUAUCCAAGGGAUCAUUUCUAUAGAUGGACUAUAGGAGGUUUUAGAGAAAGGUGUCUUGCCUGUUUUGUGGUCAUAAUCAGGAUAAGCCAAAGUCGAGAAUUGUAA